GGUUCAAAUGCUAGCUGUCAACUAUGAGCUAAUGGAGAUCGUCAUCGGAGUUGUCUUGGACAAAACUAGUAGUUUCGUGGGAGGUACAGUGCAGUAAAGACCGUUUUCAAUUUCGAUUCCUCGACGUGCAGCAGACUUGUAGCAAUGCUGUUCCAACAACUUGUCGACAGGAUAUGUUCGUACUGCUUGUUCCCAGCCUGUUGAACAAUUGCUACAAGGUUGUUGAGCUCAACAGACUUGUCCCAACAACUUGUUAUCUUCCUGCAAUUCAACAAUUUGUCAACAAGUUGUGAGUGACAACCUUGUAGUAACUUGAUAAAAUGACAGCAUUGUUACAACUUGUUGACAAGCUCGCUACAAGCCUGUUGCGAACACAUCUUGUUGACAAGUUGUGAGAUUUUGACGUGUGUACAAGUAUAUAUAUAAAAACGCACAAGUUGUUACAGGUUUGCAAACAAGUUGUUACAAAUCUGUUCACAAGCUGUCGACAAGUUGUGUUCGCAUUGCUUGUUCCCAGUUGUUGUAACAAGUUUGGAACAAGCUGUUAACAACUUGUAACAAGCUUGAUGGCAUUAUCAGGGACAAGUCUGACACAGUCAUGAUAUAACAAGAGUGUUACAAGGUUGACGACACAAGGUUGUAACAAUAUUGUUUUAUCAUGAUUGUAUCGGACUUGUUGGAACAACCUUGCUACAAAUCUGAUAAUACCUUCUCGAAUUCAUUAAUAAUUCAUGAGCAAUUCAGCCAAUGAUAAUCACCUAUUUGAUCACAAGAUGCCAUUUGGAUAACCCGGUGAAACUUGAUGAAAAUCACUAGUGUUUUCAUCAAAUAUCUUAAUUACAGUAGGCAUGCAAAAUUACUUGAAUAGAAUUCCUAAUUACGUUAUGCUUGGUUAAGAAUUCUAUUCAAAUCAGCGAACGAAAACAUUCUGUUACGUCUCGAUUCAUUUGAGAAGCCAUAUAAACAACUCGAGCUCGUGUCUCACCGGGAUAUCCAAACACUCGAAAACAAUGUAUGAAAACACGAGCGCGAACGGUGAAACACUCGCUCUCGUUGUUCAUAUAUUACAUCAAGUUUGUCACAAGUUGUUAACAGAUUGUUCCAAACUUGUUGACAACCUGGGACAAGCAGUGCGAACACAACUUGUUUGCAGACUCGCUACAAGAUGUCAGAUUUUUACGUGUGUAGUUGAGUAAAUUUUUAUUGUGCGCAGAUGACGGAACGAUGGAUUUCAGUCGGGAUGAACGCAACAAGUCAUCAAGAUUGUACUUUGUUUUACAUGAUUUAAGGUCAGUCGUUUUACCUUGUACUUUAUUGUCUACUUGAACACAGUUUAAUUAAAACACUCUCCUUCAUCAUUUAAAGGCCAUGUUACACGGUGCAAUUUUUUUUGCAACUUGCAAUGCAAUUCUACUCUGAAGAGAUGUAAAAUUGCCAAAUACGAGUCUUCAUUACACUCGCUGAUGUUUUCUCAACAUAUCGAAAAUUCUUCACUGAUUUCACUAAUUAACAUUUCUCAAGAGUAGAAUUGCAUUGCAAGUUUCAAGAAAAAUUGCACCGUGUAACAUGGCCUUAGGGCCUGUUAGAUACAUGGUUUAGACAUUGAAAAACAUUAUUGUAUUGGAUUACUAGGUAUAUUGUUCAAAACAAACCAAAUGAAUGGACUGAAAAUUUAAAAGCAAAAUUUUACAAAUUUCUCGAACUUUUCUUGUCAAUGUUCCGUCGAUUCCAGGUGAGUAUAUUGGAGAAAAUUUGUUGUUCCAGUGUUACUAAACUGUUCUUCCUCCAGUAAGGAUCUUCUCUUUUUGAUUCAGUGUUACUACAGGAGGAAACCUAAACUAUAAACUAACUUUAUUUAUACUGGGUAGCUCUAUAAGUUCUAAACUGUUCUUCCUAAAGGCCCAGUAAGAAUAAUCUCUUAUUGAUCCAGUGUUACCAGUUACCACUGGAGGAAACCUAAACUAAACUAACUUUAUUUAUACUGGAUAGCUCUCAGUUCUAAACUGUUCUUCCUAGAGAUCCAGUAAGGAUCAUCUGUUAUUGACCUACUGUUACUACAGGAGGAGACCUAAACUAAACUAACUUUAUUUAUACUGGAUAGCUCUAUCAGUUCUAAACUGUUCUUCCUAGAGGUCCAGUAAGGAUCAUCUCUUAUUGAUCCAGUGUUACUACAGGAGGAAACCUAAACUAAACUAACUUUAUUUAUGUUGGAUAGCUCUAUCAGUUCUAAACUGUUCUCCCUAGAGGUCCAGUAAGGAUCAUCUCUUAUUGAUUCAGUGUUACUACAGGAGGAAACCUAAACUAAACUAACUUUAUUUAUUCUGGAUAGCUCUAUCAGUUCUAAAUGGUUUCUUAAAGCUGAGUAAAGGCUUCCCAUACUAAUGACGUAUUCUUUUCGUAUUUCUAAAAGGGUGUGGGUAUGUUGAAACGUGCAACUGGAAUCCAUGUUGAAAUGGAACCAGAAUGGCAUCGUGACUAUGAUUUUGAAACGCGUCUUACAGUAUUGGUGCCUCUUAUAACAAGAUGGUGCGAAAGUGACGUAAGAAGUUUUAUAUAAUAACUACAGUGAAACACGCAAUUUGAUUGGUCAAUUGCCGUGCGGGAUCAGGCUACCCUGCACGAGGAAUUAAAUGCCUUCGCGGGAUUUUCGCGGGAUUCUCAAAAUGUCAUUGUUUCACUGUGGUUAUUUUAUAAAACAAUUACCAAAUGGUUUUCCACGCAGGAUAGCGUGAUCCAUGCACUUGGGAUGUUGUUCGACUUUCGGAAAGCGUAAAAAUACACUUGUCUGCGGCUCGAGUAAUUUUACGCUUUCCGAAAGUCUCGCGACAUCCCUCGUGCAUGGAUCACGCAAUCCUGCACGGAAAACCAUUCGGUAUUCCUUUAUUCCUGGACAAGUUUCCCCUUGACAAGUUUUGGUGCUUGCCGCCUUUUGUUUGCCAAAACCAUUGAAAUAUUUCUUAGAAAAGUACGGCCUGACACAAAAGUGGCAUUUUGCCUGGUUGUUCAGUCCAGAAUCUGGACUGAGCGCUGAUUGGCCGAUUAGACAAACGAUUUUUAAAUCUGUCAUUUGAUUGGCUGGUGCUAAUUAGAUUAUACUAUUGUUGUUGAUAUAUUUUAUAACGAUCACAACUACAAUUAUAGCCGACCCACUAAACGGCUGAAUUUAAAUUAAAACUGCAGUAAAAUUAGAAAAUAAUCGCAAAUUAGCGAAAUAUAUUGCAAAUGUAGCUUAUAUUAAAUCGCCAUCAGAUUGCACUAUCGACUGACGUAUAGUUAUAAAGUAUACUUAAUAUAUAUAUAUAUACUUUAUAAUUAUACGUCACUGUUGAUAAAUACGGCAAGCGCCAUGUAAAGCUCAUUGUAGUCACUGAAACCUCUGCGGAGGAGAGAGCAAUCGGGUGGCGAUUUAAUAUAAGCUACAUUUGCAAUAUAUUUCGCUAUACUCAGGUUAUCACAGCUUGAAAGAGCAUCACAAAAUUAGUAAUAUUCCAAAGUUUCGUUGCAAAAUGUUGUAAAAUGCGGAUAAUAUAUAGCCUUGCGAAGUUUGCAAUUUUCAGUCAUUUUAGAUUACAAACGCGGGAAAUGGUUACCACUUCUGUGCGUAAUACAUAAUGACUGAAAAUUACAAACUUCGCAAGGCUAUAUUAUCCGCAUUUUACAACAUUUCGCAACGAAACUUUGGAAUAUUACUAAUUUUGUGAUGCUCUUUCAUGCUAUGAUGGAAUUUUGUCUAGACUUGUUUAGAUCAAAAUUUUGGUUAAUUAAAAAGCUCACUCACACUCACACUCAAUGAGUGGAGGUUCACUCUGAGCUUCUCUUGAGUGUCAUUGCUGUUUUUGAAUAGCUGGAGGGCUAGUGUCAUACCUUACUAUGUGACCACUCACCCUCCAGCUAUUCAAAAACAGCAUUGACACUCAGGAGAAGCUUAGAUUGAACCUCCACUCAUUGAGUGUGAGUGAGCUUUUAGAAUACGGGCGUAGCCGUAAGUAAUGAUUGGGACUAAAUAAUGAGUUUGUUAAUUAGCAAACCAUCUUUGCUUUUAGGGUCAGAAAUUAAUGUUAAAGUUCUUUUUCAGAGAGAGGUUCUAGACAAGUCUAUUACACUUACGUUGGAUUGUUUAAAGGAAAUCCGAAAAUGUACAAGCCCAACAAAACUCAAGAAUCAUUCCGGUUAGUUUAGACUGGCUUCGAUCGGAUGAGACCAUAACAUCGACAAAUCUUUUUAUGUUAUAUCAUACCAUAGGCAGCCCAAAACGGCGUGUAGAAUGCACCAAUAAUGCUUCCAAAUGUCAAUUUGCAUUAAGCUCGCCCCAUUCCUUUGUCAUUUGUCGCGCGCCGCAAGCACUCAAUUUGAAAAGCAGUGUUGAUAUAUAUAGAUUAUACCUAUAUAGGUAUAAUCCAUACCUAUCUGCAGUGUUGCCUAUCUAUACCUAUACCUACCUGCAGUAUAGGUAUAAUCUAUAUAUACCUGCAGUGUUGAUAUAGGUAUAAUCUAUAUCAACACUGCUUUUCAAAUUGAGUGCUUGCGGCGCGCGACAAAUGACAAAGGAAUGGAGCGAGCUUAAUGCAAAUUGACAUUUGGAAGCAUUAUUGGUGCAUUCUACACGCCGUUUUGGGCUUCCUAUGAUCAUACAAGCCGAUAUCAGGAUGUGUUCGCACUGCUUGUUCCCAGUUGUUGCGACAAGUCUGGAACAAGUUGUUAUCAGCUUGUUACAAGGUUGAUGACAGUAACAGACUUGCUACAAGUUGUUCCAGCGAGACUAAUACAGGCUGUUCGUAACAAGUUGCUACGCGAGCUUGUUGUCAUCAACUUGUUAACACCUUGUUACGUGCAGACGAUAUCAGGCUUGUUGGACAACUUGUUGCGAGUCUGUUGGCCUCAUCAGCCUUGUUACAAGAUUGACAACAACUUGUUCGAAACUUGUCCACAACGUAAAAACGCACAAUUGUUACAGGUCUGCAAACAAGGUGUUACAAAUCUGUUCACAAGCUGUCGACAAGUUGUGUUCGCACUGCUUGUUCCCAGUUGUUGUAACAAGUUUGGAACAAGCUGUUAACAACUUGUAACAAGUUUGAUGAUAUUAUCAGACUUGUUACAAGGUUGUUCUAACAAGUCUGAUACAGUCAUGAUAUACUGUAACAAGAAUGUUACAAGGUUGACGACACAAGGUUGUAACAAUAUUGUUAUGUCAUGACUGUAUCGGACUUGUUGGAACAACCUUGCAACAAAUCUGAUAAGAUCAACAAGCUUGUUGACAACUUGGGACAAGCAGUGCGAACACAACUUGUUGACAGCUUGUUGGCAGACUUGCUACAAGAUGUGCGAUUUUUGCAAAUGGUUAAAUGGUGAUUUUGACAAAUGUAUUCAUUCUGCCAAUCUUUUUAGAUGGUAAAAAGUCGAUGAAGGUUUACGACUUUGAUGUUUCGUCUGAGAAAGUGUCGUUGCAUAUUCCAAUCGUGCGAUUUCUAGCUGGUAAGUUUUUCUCAUUAAAUUUGUUACAGCUAUCCCUGCUAUACAGGGUGUAUAUAAAAAAUGUAUAGUCGAACUUUGGCAUAAAACCAUUGAAAAUUAACCCCCUUUGGGACUUAAGUUGAUGAAUUUCACUUCCAUAAACUACGCAUACACAUAUUCAUAAUUAUUACCAAGCAGGAAUAAAUCUUAGCUAAGCUAUACUGUAUGCAUGCAGUAUAACAGGAAAUUUCUGCAUAUAGAGAAUUUUUCGAUAAUCAUUAAAUUUAUUGUGUAAUUUCCCAUAAAGGUUUAAUUGGAUGUUGUGAGAAUCAUUCGAUAAACUUUCGAGAUGUUUUGAAAAUCAAGGUGCGUCUCGAUACUCUGAAAACAUCUUUGUUAUUUUGUAAUGCCUUGUACAAAUGCCCGAAGGAUUUCUCUUUUUGUAGAAAGACGAGGACGCUUUAUUCUACAUGGAGUACCCUUUGAAGGUUUUAGUGUUUGCUGCCCAGGUUAAAGCUGGCAUGUGGAAAAGGAAUGGAUAUUCCCUUCUUCAUCAGGUGACUGCAUUUUUUGAACUCUCAUCUUGUCUGGAAAGCAGGCGUUCGUGGACAGAAAUCACGGACAUGUCCUAUAGGGAGGGGUAAUAUUUAUGGCGGGGGGUGGCAGCAUGUCCAAUUUUGAUAGUCCUUUUCUUAUUUUGUUCCAAUGGAUGUAUUACCUAAUGAACACAAUUUUGAUCUGGACAAGUCUAGCAAGACAUCACAUGCAGCUUGAAAGAACAUCACAAAAUUAGUAAUAUUCCGAAGUUUCGUUGCGAAAUGCUGUAAAAUGCGGAUAAUAUAGUCCUGCGAAGUUUGCCGUUUUUUAGUCAUUUUCUAUUACGCGCGGGAAAUUGAUACCUUUUUUCAGAAAGCGGUACCAAUUUCCCGUGCGUAAUACAAAAUGACUGAAAAACGGCAAACUUUGCGGGGCUAUAUUAUCCGCAUUUUACAACAUUUCGCAACGAAACUUCGCAAUAUUACUAGUUUUGUGAUGCUCUUUCAAGCUGUGAUGAAAUGUUUGUCUAGACUUGUUGAGAUCGAAAUUUUGGUUGUUAGGUAAUAGGACGUCCAUUUUGAUAGUCUUUGAAAAACUCACUCGUGAAUGUUUCUUUUCCAAAUUGCACUCGGAACCAUACUAUUACCUAUACAAAAAAUUAGUGUCUGUUUAGGGCUAUAUUAAGGCUUAUUUUUUGUUUGUAUUUUCCAACGAUGCCGUCGAAUGCUAUAUUAUAAUAUAGUCAUUCAUCGUAUAUGAGCUGUUCUGCAAUCUGAUUGGUUGAAUUACUCGCCGUAUAUCAGCUCAUAUACGGCGAGUAGCGAAAAACAAGAUGGCUGUCCAAAAACUACACGAGUUUUGCGAAGCAGAAAAAAGGAAAAUAUUCGCUUUGAGAAAGAUAAUAGUACAAGGAAAAACUCUCAAAAAAAUUUGACAGGUUAGCA